UUAAGGAUAUCAAAAUUUAUACUCACAGAAUUCUUUUAGUCAUUAUUCCUUGAAGUAAAAUUGCAAACCUUCUCAACUAGCUUAAACUGUGGACUGCGAUGAAUUUUAAUGCAUCAAAUUGAUGAGAAAAUCCCGGAAAAAAAUAAAAUUUUUGUUAUUAAUAACAAACUGACUCUCAAUUAAUUGUACUGAGAGCAUUUUCUCCAAAGGACAGAUAAAGCAAGGCUUGUAGUCACACAGCAGGACUGUAGUCACACAGUCGUUCAUCAAACUCAAAAUUGCUGAUCUAAGGCUUACUCCCUACUUUUAGUAUUGAUAAAGGCUGAAAUCGAGUAGCUUUAAAGUCAUUAAUUUACAUUUAUUCAAUCAUGAAACUUCUUAUCAUCACAUUUACAUUACUAAUUGCUAGCUGUUGCUGCCAAGACUCUUUUAAUAGCCACACUUAUCCGGAACUGCAAGUUGAUCCAAAAGCAUAUUCAGAUCAACUAAAUGAAGAUGGCGUCUGGAUGAAAUGGAACACAACAAUAUCUGGUGUGCCAAGUAACGCUGUUUAUGGUGGAUAUGAUUUAUAUGGAGCUACUUACAUCAUCAGAGCUGAUCACACAACACCAGACGCUAUUUAUGCUGGAAAAAUAAUUGGAAAAUAUAAUCCAUGGCAGAAAAUGGCUUAUGUUGGACAUAACAGUCAUGAAUUUAAGAAAAAUGAUUUUGAGAUCCUUACGCACGAAAGAUGGGUUUGGACCAACAAAAGUGAUCAACGGUCAAAGAUUUCAGGCAGUAAUGGCUUUAACAUUUGCAGAAUUGAAGUCGGCACUGAAGGAUACAUGAUACCUGGAAAGUUAGACUCUGAUGGACGUUGGUGUACUGUCUCCUAUAGUGGAACUGAAGUGUUGUCCUCAAAUUAUGAAGUUUUGUGUAAAACUUGUUGAAAAAUUUUGAAAAAUAAAAAUGAUCAAAUA